AUGGAGGAGAGGGGCGAGGACCCCUCUGGAGGGCGGCCAGCGCGCGGUCCUCCCGGCAUGCGCGGGCCCCGGGACAGUGGCCUCUCGGACGUGCCCUUCAGCGCUGCCCAGACCCCUCCAGGUACUUGCCGAUCCACGGGCCGCGACCGCGGCCGCCCAGCCACCCCCCGCCACGCUCCGCAGCAGCAUCGCCCGCGGACCAGGUUCCGGAACCCGGCCGUGAGCGGCAGCUGCUCCGGCCAAUCCCAGACCUGCAGACAGUCGCGCCGCUCCAGCCAGCGUGGGGCAAGCGCAGGAAGCGGAAGUGUCGAUCGUGGGGGCGGAACCGUGCAGGAAGGCGGAAGUGGCUUCGCCAGGGAAGGUCCCGGCGUGGAGAUGGCUGGAGCUGGACGCAGAGUAGCGAUACCCAGGGCGCCGGAGGGUCCUGAGAGUUCUCGGCGGGCGCGGCGGCGGCAGCAAGUGCAGCCGCUGGGGAAGCAGCGCACGGCCCCGUGGCCCGGGCUUCGCAGCAAAGAGAAGAAGAAAGUGAAUUGCAAACCUAAGAACCAGGACGAACAGGAGAUCCCUUUCCGGCUCCGGGAGAUUAUGAGGAGCCGCCAGGAGAUGAAAAACCCGAUCAGUAACAAGAAAAGGAAGAAAGCGGCCCAGGUGGCCUUCAGGAAGACAUUGGAGAAGGAAGCAAGGGGAGUAGAGCCUGACAUCGCCAUCCCCAAGUUCAAGCAGAGAAAGGGGGAGUCCGACGGUGCCUACACCCAGCGCAUGCAGCAGGAGGCCCAGCACGUGCUGUUCCUCAGCAAGAACCAGGCCACCCGGCAGCCAGAGGUGCAGGCAGCUCCCAAGGAGAAGUCUGAGCAGAAAAAAGCGUACCAGAAGCGGCGACUAGAUAAAGUCCGGCAGAAGAAGGAGGAAAAGGCGGCAGACAGGCUGGAGCAGGAGCUGCUCCGAGACACGGUGAAGUUUGGUGAGGUUGUCCUGCAGCCCCCAGAGCUGACCACCAGGCCCCAGAGGAGCAUAAGCAAGGACCAGCCUGGCAGGAGAUUGCAGAUGCCGACGAUGCUUCUGAGCCCCGGCGGUGUGUCCCAGCCUCUGGCCGCCUCCCUGGCCCGCCAGCGGAUUGUGGGGAAGGAGAGAGAGCGAGCAGUGCAGGCCUACAGAGCGCUGAAGCAGCGGCGGCGGUGGCUGCAGGGGGGGCAACCCCACCGCCCUUCCCAGAAGAAGCCAGAGCCGCAGCUGUGAUGGAGCGAGAGCCGGGUCUGGUCACGCUCCUGGGAAAGCGGUAGCAGGAGCUGCCACCCUGGGUAGGGGAGAGGCAAGCAGACCCUUUGCCCUGGCCUUGCUAGCAGUGCAGGCUCGGGCCUCCAGGUGCUUGUUCACACGCUGGGCAUCAGCAGGUCCGCAUCCUGCAAGGGGUGGGUGCCUGAUGGACGAGGGCCCUGUGGCAAAGCUCCGUGUCUUUGUUCUGAACGUCCGUGCUGAGCUGCAGCCCAGGUUCACCUUUGGAGGGCUGAUCCCAUUACCCUGCCCCUGAACACCAGCUACCGAGACAGCUGCUGAGGCUAGCUCGGUGCAUGACAGAGGCCCCCUGGAGUCAGCAGAAUUGAGUGCACAGCAUACACCAGGCAGAGCAGGCCAGGCUGUGCACCGGGGCAGGGCUACUGGGCACAUCUACACCACCUGUGAGGGCUAUGCAGGGGACCGUGACCACAGGCCAGUUGUGAGUGGUCCCCUGCCCAGAGGCUGGUUGGGGUGGAACCUGAUGACAGCACAUAUACAAGAAGGUGGGAACGGGGGCCUGGGCUCAGCGGCUCACGCCUGGAAUCCCAGCACUUUGGGAGUUCGAGGUGAGUGGAUCACUUGAGGUCA